CCUCUUCCUCUUCUCCUCUCACUGAUCGCUCCUCUCGGUGUUCCAGCUGCAUCGCUGCACGCUGCGAUUGCGCUAUUGAUACCCACUUUACACUCUCUCUCCCUCUCUCUCUCUCUCUCCUUCUCCCUCCCUCUCUCUCUCUCUCUCUCUGGCUGCUCUUUGGUAACCUAACAGGGAGGUGUUAACUACUUUUUGCUUCCACAAAGCGCCUCCCGGUUAUCUCCGGUUGCCGCUGCUGCGUAAAGAGCCAGAAGGAGCUCCACUGCUACUGAUAUUCUAUUUCCCACUGCGCACAAAAAGUUUUGUUGUAAGGAUAAAAAAAAAAAAACCUGAGGAAGAAGAAAAAGCAGGAAACUGAGGAGUCGUCUGCAAGAAGAAGAAGCGGAUUGUGUUCCACGGAGAGUUUGGCGACCACAUGAAGAUGAGGAACCAGCUUUGACGACCUACGGAUGUCCACCAACCCCGGACCAUUCGGCUUCGGCGACACAUCCAACGAACUCUCCAAGAGGGAGGCUUUUACUUCAUCUUGAUCCCAUUUAUUGUAUUUAUCAUCAGGACUGAAGGACUGCAUAUACCCAACGGCACUUACCUGGCACGGAAUGAUCUGGACUGAACUGAGCUCAAGUGAAUUUGGCUGGAGACAGAUUAACGUACUUUAGCUCCACUGAAGAGAAAUGAACUGAAUUCGAGCUAACCUGAACUGUCGGUUGGCUCAUUCCUUCAAGAAUACCCUCCUUUCUUACAAACGGCUCUUUUCUGAGCCUCUUCCUUCAAAAAGCCAGAUCCUUUAAGUCUCCAACCCAGAUUCCCUCACUUCCUCAGACCCUUUCCAAGGGUCUUGGACAUUGUCUCGUAUUUUAUUGAGGAGGGAUCAUCUCCUCCUCCCCCAAAAGUCCUUACGGCAUCUUUCUUCCGUCCAGACAUGGAUCUCCACAGGGCAGCCUUCAAGAUGGAGAGCUCCUCCUACCUGCCCAACCCCCUGGCCUCCCCGGCCCUCAUGGUCCUGGCUUCCACUGCUGAAGCGUCCCGCGACGCCUCGAUACCCUGCCAGCAGCCACGUCCGUUUGGCGUCCCCGUUUCUGUCGAGAAAGACGUCCAUUUGCCAUUCAACAACGGCUCGUACACUUUUGCGUCAAUGUACCACCGCCAAGGCGGGGUCCCGCCGGGAUUCCCCAACAGGGACUUUCCUCCCUCCCUCCUCCACCUCCACCAUCAGUUUGCCCCGCCCAACCUGGACUGCUCGCCAAUCAGCAUGCUGAAUCACAGCGGCGUCGGCGCCUUCAGGCCUUUCGCCUCGCCAGAAGAUCGGGACGGAGUGCCGGGCGGGUAUCAGUCCGCCUUCACCCCGGCCAAGCGCCUCAAAGGCUGCCUGGAUCCGGACUCUUCACCCCACCUGCGGUACUCCGACGCAGAGGGGAAAGAGUACGACUUUGGCGGCUCCCAGAUCCCUCAAGGAGGUUCGCCCAGCAGCGCCUUGAAAGCAGUGGAGGACAGCGGGAAAAAGAUCUUCGCCGUGUCAGGCCUCCUGUCUGAUCGAGAGACUUCCUCCAGCCCAGAGGACCGCAUUGAGCGCUACUAUCUGGCAAUCAGAAAAUCCAUUGGCAUGAGUUUCAGGGAUGAUUUCGACCACAUUAAAGGUAAAAAGAAGAUGUCCCUGUAUGACAGCCAGGCUCCAAUCUGUCCCAUCUGCCAGGUGCUGCUCAGGCCCGGAGAGCUACAGGAACACAUGGAGACGGAGAUAGAGAGGCUAGCUGCCAUAUGCUUCAGUAAGAACACUUCACCCAAGGAUGGAGCAGCCACUCCAGGAACCCCGAAGUCGAUGCUGUUGUCGGUGCACAUCAAGCGCGAGGGAGAGUCUCCCGUGGUCUCGCCGCUGUCCUCUGAAGACGCCCACCACUCCGACAGAUACCAGACAUUUUUACGAGUUCGAGCAAACAGGCAAACAAGAUUGAAUGCCCGUAUAGGCAAGAUGAAGAGGAGGAAGCCUGAGGAGGGGGGCCAGGUAUGUCCGCUGUGCAGCGCCCCUUUGGCUGGGAGCGAGGAGGAGAUGAGUAGACAUGUGGAACAAUGCCUGAUCCAGCGUGAGGGCGCGUUAGGCGACGACGACUCUGCAGACAUGGAUGGAGAGAAUGGGCGGGGCUUUGAGGAGUACGAGUGGGCGGGGCAGAAGAGGAUCAGAGCUACGGCUUUGCUGGAGGGAGGCUUCAGAGGAACAGGUUUUGCCACGUGUAGCAUCAAGGAGAGCGCGGCGGACAGCGACGCCGACCUAGACGUGGACGGAGACGACACCUUAGAGUACGGCAAGGCCCAGUACACCGAGGCCGACAUCAUCCCCUGCUCCGGAGCCGGAGAGGACCAGGGAGAGGCCAGGGAGAGGGAGGCGCUACGGGGAGCCGUGCUCAACGGUGGGAUGCCUUCUAACAGAAUAACGCCUGAGUUCUCCAAAUGGGCAAGCGACGAGAUGCCUUCAACGAGCAACGGAGAAUGCAGCAAGACGGACCCCAGCACCCCUUCAUCCUCCUCCUCUUCCUCCUGCGCCCCGCGCACCUGUAAAAACAGUGAGAUCGAAAAGGUAACGGAGGAGGAGUCCACGGCUACCACCAUGGAGGCUCUGAAGGCUCGAAUCAGAGAGCUGGAGAGGCAGAUACUGAGAGGGGACCGGUACAAGUGUCUCAUCUGCAUGAGGAAGCCUGCUAUCCAGUCAGGCGCGGAGAUCAAGAGCCUAGGGGUGUGGCCAGGGCCCCGGCCGCUGGCCAAUGAGGUCGGAGAGAGGCAGCCUAAGUCCCUCCCCCUCGGCCUGUACUGCCUGUACAGGGGCCUUGUGAUUGGUGGCUACGGCAGCGGCAUAAAGAGGCUCCUCCCGCAGCCCUUACGGAGGGUUGCCGGUUCAGUUGCCCCCCCCCCCAUGCUGCCUUGCUCAGUGGUUCUGUGGCUGCUGGCUGUGUCGUUCCAUGGACUCUUACACGAUGCCGCUCACCUCCAUCCAGUGCUGGCACGUCCAUUGUGAAGAAUGCUGGCUCAGGACUCUGGGGAACAAGAAGCUGUGCCCGCAGUGCAACACCAUCACCUCACCCGGAGACCUGAGGCGCGUCUACUUGUAAAGAGCACACCCACCCCCACCCUCACCCCGCGCCUCUUCGUCGGUCCAAUCCAUUCCUCCUCUCAUCUUGGAUUUCAUCGCCCUCCCCUACCCUCCGUCGAUCGUCAUUUGUUCCCCCCCUCUCUCUCUCUCGUGGCCUGGGUCGCUAGCUCCAAACCCUCCAAGAGCGCACAGAGACGAGACGGCUGUCUUUGAGACUCCACCGGCUCUUUCCAGGAGGUUAUAACUGGAUGAAAUGACUGAGCAGGACUGACUGACUCUCUGGCUGGCUGCCUGGCCACCCACAAAAAAUAAUGAAAAGGAGACCACAGGUCUGCCAUCACUGACAUGACUCCCUGUCCAUGUAACGGGGUGUCAUCCACUGAAGGACUUUAAAGUCAGUGGAGAACCCCCGACAGCCAGCUAAACCCUGCUGAGACCUGGUGGCUUCAUGCUGCUGGAGCUGGACCUGAAAGGAACUUCUUAAUACAGAAUAUAAAGACUUCUUUUUCCCCCCUCUAGCUCUUCUUUGACAUUUCGAUGGUGCUGGACAACGGGCUCUACCCCCGGAAGACUCGACAGAAAGCUUCUUUUUUUUGUUUUUCCUUUUUUUUUGUUCGCUAUCCCAGAGAGAAAACUCUUGCCCCUGUUGCUUAAGAGAAUUAAAAAAAGGGCCUGUCCACUAAAACUGAGCUUUCAACCAAACUAAGAAUAACCUCACAACCUUGAAAAAGGAGUUUGACACUCCUCCUCCUCCUCCUCUUCUUCUUCUCACGAGCCCUUCCCUCCUCUUCUUCCCCCUCUUUUGUGAUGUUCUAGUGAAGUAAACCAAAAUUUCUCCCCCCCUUCAAGAUGCAGUGCAAGCACAUGUAAUAUAGUUCUAUGUAUGUUUACAAUGUUGGGUGUAAAUGACAUAGAGUUCACACACAUAUGUACACACACACACGUGCAAACACAUACAUUACCGUCAGCAGACCACACACAGAACAGAAGUAUAUAAUAUCAAAGUCCUGUUGUAAGUUGGAGGGGUCUGGGAAUGAUGUUUUGGGGGGGGAAAAAAUGGCUGGAAUAAAAGAAGCCUUCUGUAUUUUUUAAAAAAAGAUCAUUUGAAGAUCCGUUAUUUCACUGUACAGGAAUAAAACAUUUAAGUAAUAAUAAACUACUCGAGACUAGAUGGUCAAGAUUUAGGUGGUGUAAUUUUUUCUGCAGAGUACCCUGAUAAACUGCAGAACACGACGCGAGGACAGAUCUUUUUUUUGUUCUACCGAAUGGAGAGAUUCCUAUUGCCCAAGAUUUACUGCAAACAACGUCCAACUGAGCCUCUUCUUUUAACCUCCAUUUUCUGCUUCCUCUCAGUUGGAGUAACACCAUGCUCAGAUCAUAGUCUAGAAACAUUUUGUUUUUUACCCCUACAUGUCUCAAAAGAAAGCUUUUUUCCAUUGUUCUCACACUGCUAAAAACGCUGCAAAAAAGGUCCCAACAUGGCAACCCCCGAAGGGCAGGUUCUUUCUAGCUAUAACGGAUGAGGGGAGUCUCUGGAAAAGAAGGAUGGCCAAGGCUGAACUGGCAACUUCCAGAACCCGCAGCAUUUCCUCCCCCCCUCUCCCCUCACCCCCUUUCCCUUUUACGGCAGCAGCAGCAGCAGCAACCAAGGUGGUGGUGUGCUUUGUGUUUGUAAAACUAUGUAUUCUGUGACGUCUGUAUUGUUGUAAGAAAUGCUGAAAAAAAAAAGAAAAAAUAAAACUUCUCAAAUACCACGAGUGGUCUCGUUCACACAAAAAUCUGGGUGGUAAAAUAAAACGGAAAUGUUCCUGUGUUCACUGAAAUAAAGCUGAGGAAGAUGGCAUUGAUGCAG